GGGGGCGGCGUGCGCGCUGGGCGAAGCUGGACGCAGGUUGUUCACGCUGCUGUAGCAACAGCGAGGAGAGCUAUCAAACGUAAGAAACGCUUUCGAUCGGUCUAAAUCUGUCGUUGCCCGCCAGCUCUUGCAGAGAAACGGUGCCCCCGGGGGCCAGAGGACACCUGCAGCUCUCCCUGCAGUUCCUGAAGCCGGCAACAGCGCGCGCUCGCAAAGAAGACGCCAUAGCGCGCGCUCGAAACGAUAGCGCCGUUUAACACCUGCCUCAUGCUCACAUCCGCGAGCGCCCUGCGGAGCGCGGCCCGCGGCGCCGCGCGCUGCACGCGACGGAGGAGCGCGCCCAGCAACUGGUACUCGGCCAGCGCCGCGCCCCAGCAACAACAGACCCAAACGCUCCGGCCCGAGCCCGGCGCGCCGCAGCCUCCCGUGUCAUCGUACACCGAGGACGACGCCGCGCGCGACGCGCGCAUCUUCGCGAGGUUAAGAGACGAGGCCGAGGGGCUCGAAACGUCCCCGUUACUCGGUGCUUCGGUCCGAAAACAAAUACUAGGAACGGACGACCUCGCCUCCUGCUUAGGCGAGGUCCUGAGCUGCCGACUCGCGCGGUCGAACGACUCCUUUCUGCCUAGGGACGAGCUGCGGCGGGCCUGCACCGACGCGUUGCGGGGAGACGCUCGCGUCGGCGCUGAUAUUUCCGCUAUAUUAGCCAGGGACCCGGCGGCCAUCUCCUAUUUACAAUGCAUCAUGUUCUUCAAGGGCUUCCACGCGACGCAGGCGCAGCGCGUGUCCUCGACCUUCUGGAAGAGCGGGGAUCGAGCGGAUAGGCACGCGGCGUUGGCCAUCCAGAACCGAAUUUCGGAGCUGUGGGCGGUCGACGUCCACCCGGCCGCGGAGAUCGGGGGAGGGUUAUUGAUGGACCACGCCACUGGCAUCGUCGUCGGCGAGACGGCCGUGAUCGGGGACAACUGCACGAUAUUGCACGCGGUGACAUUAGGAGGCACGGGCAAAGAACGGGGCGACCGGCACCCGAAGAUCGGCCACGCUUGUGUUCUGGGUGCCGGUGCGACCAUCUUAGGUAACAUCAAGGUCGGCGACGGCGCGACGGUCGGCUCGCAGGCCGUCGUGACCAAGGACGUGCCGCCGGGCAUGACCGUCGUCGGCCUCAACAAGUUAUUAGAUCCGCACAUCGACGCGAAGCGCGAGAAGGUCGUCAAGAAGCGCACGGAGACGUGGCAGUACGAAGUGGAUACCUAUGACGGGUACAGCAUCUAGAUGCAUCUGGGCGAAUGCGGAAUUCGCCUUCGUUUGGAUAAGUCGCCUUGCAUAUGUAUCUUAUUUACAAAAUUGUAGAGAGAACAGCGUUCCCCGCGGCGGGCGGCCGGCGGCUAGGCGGCCUAGCUCUAAGCAAAGCAACAUUG